AUGUCGCGUCCAUUCCCCUACACCUACAUAUCGUGUCCCUGCGCGGAGACCCGAGUCACCGAACCCGCUGCGAAACGGGCAUCGAGGGAUCUGUCGAGCAAGAAGACCUCCCCCGGCCAGCCGGAUGAAGAGCGGCGAAGAGAAGAGCAGCAGGACCUGGACGAGGAGGACGACGAGGAAGAGCAGACCUUUGACCCCCGAUCGCCGCGCGCCAACUUCUCGCUAUACCCCCCCGAACAGCUCCUCUACUGCGAGGACUGCCAUCAGAUAAAAUGUCCGCGAUGUAUCACGGAAGAGAUCGUGUGCUGGUACUGUCCGAACUGUCUGUUCGAGACGCCGAGUAGUAUGGUCCGCAGUGAAGGGAAUCGAUGUGCGCGCAAUUGCUUCAACUGUCCCAUCUGCACCGCACCGCUGGCGGUAACGACUCUCGAGAACACGACCGAGAAUGCCGCGCAACAGGGUCCCUGGAUCCUGGCUUGCGGGUACUGCAUGUGGACGACCCUGGACAUCGGAAUCAAGUUCCACAAGCCGACCAACAUCUGCGCCCAGCUCGCCAAGUUCUAUGAAGAAUCCGGCGCGACAGCCGGGCCCGACCUUAAGUCGCCGCUGUCGAGCUUCACGUCAGCCAAACUCGACAGCCCCGUCUGGGAGGAGGAGCAGAAAGAGCAGGACACUGCUUCUAAUUCUCAAAUACCGGAAGAAGAAGAAGGGCAGUCGACGCUCGAUCCCAAUUCGAGAUUUGCCGCCCUGAAACGGUUCUACCAGAAACAGAUCGAGGAGACUUCUGUUUCUGCCACGGACCCUCUGGGAACGGACUUUGGAGCAGCGUUCUCCUCGCCCAGCGCAUUGAAUCGCAUCAUGUCGCUGUACACAUCCUCCUCGCUGAGCGGCCUGUACGGCGGGGGCGCCAAAAAGGCCAAGUCGAAACCUCCAGUGAUGCGCGAAGCGCUCACGGCCGCAGAGGGACUCAAAAUCGCCUCUCCGGAGAGCGAGCGGGCGAUUAUCGAAAAGAUGGCCUCGGAGGACUGCGGCUGGGACGGGAUGCUGUCGAUGGAGCAGCGGGCGUUCCAGUCCCCUGACGCGCGGUUCGUCGAGGACCUCCGCCCGCUGCCCGUCCUGCUGCGGACGAAACGCUCCAAGCGGUGCAAGUCGUGCAAACACAUCCUCGUCAAGCCGGAAUUCAAGCCCGCGUCGACGCGGUUCCGCAUCCGCCUCAUCGCGCUGAGCUACAUCCCGCUGCCUACGCUGCGGCCUCUGGUGCCGACUCCUCCGUCUCCGUCUCCGUAUCCAGGGCAGACGACGCCUGGGAUAUCUACGACUACGACACCGCAACCACCACCACCACCACCACCACCAAACCUGGACGCGCUGCCCCCUAACCGACCCAUCCAGUACCUCCUCACGCUGAAGAACCACAUGUUCCGACCCCGUGCGCGUGACACUAGCCACACCAUCCCUAACCCCGGGUCGAGUAGCGUCCAAAGUGACGAUCCUCUGUCCACAAUUCGACCUCGGCGCGAACAGCGACGUCUGGGACGAAGCAUUACAAGCCCCUCCUGCACCAGCACCCAGUAG